AUGAGUCCAUCAGCCAUUAUAGAGACCAACGAUACGGUCGCUCCUUCGAUGACUUCCUACGCACAAGCUGCGAAGGGCAGUAACACUGUCCCUGCCUCAAAUAGUACCACUGCUUCCACCGACCCCGCUGCUUCCGUCCAAGAUGGCCAGGCUUCCACGGCAGACACUGGCUCUGCUGCAGUAGCAGUAGACGAGAAGGCUUCGCUACCUGCCUCCGAGCAUGUCAACUCUGAAACUCCUGAGAACGCUGACUCCCCUGCGGUUGCAUCGGAGAAGCAGGAUGUGGAGAGCGUUCCUGGUUCUGAAAGCGACGCCCGCUCCGAGUCGACACAAAGCAGACGAACCGAGUCGAGGCGUGAGGACGACGGUGGAAGAACCGAUCGCCCUUGGCGACGCAAUGAGAAGACACCAAGGUCUUCAAGCAAUGCUACAAGGUCUGUCGACGAGCAGGACUCCCGAAAGGCCAGGCGAGGUAAGAAGGGCAAGGCUUCAGAGAAACAAGCCGGUGAACAAGCGACAGACAAGGAGCAGGAGGCAGUUCCCGAGCCACCAAAGGUUGAACUUUCCGAAGCUCCCAUUCCUAGCGUCAACGUUUGGCACAAACGCAAGGAGGCUCACCAGGCGAAAUCCACCAAGCCUGCCCCUACGCCCGUGGAGGCUACAGUAAACGGCACCUCAAGUCACAAGGACGACAAGAAGACCGAAGUGUCACCUGCACCCCACACAAAUGGUGUUAAGUCACACCAAAGACAAAACAGCGCUAUCCGAGCAGAGCGAAAUGGCCCUCGAGGCUCAAGGAUGAACGAAAAGGAUGGCAAGAGCGAAGUCCCUCCUUCGGUCGACGACUCGGCAGCGUGGCCUACUCCCGAGACUGCCAUUUCUACCAUCAAGGAGGACGGCAAGAAGAAGGCGGUUGAGAAGACACCCGAGAAGUCCGACCGGUCUGAUAAGGAUAGCCAAGAGGACGGUAGCUCGUCAAAACCCCGACAGAAGUGGGUGAACGUGAACUUCGUCCCUACGGUCAACUUUGAGACUCAACUCCCUCAAAUGCGUGGCUCUAAACCCCGCGGUGGCGCUCGUGGUAGUCGCGAUACUACCAACCGAGCAGCUACCAACGGUGCCACAGAUAAGCUGGCAUCCACCUCGCCGGCAACCAAGGUCAAUGACAACAAGCUUCGGGAUACCUCCAACAACGCCGCAUCGCAGUCUGCGUCCAAGCGUGCAUCGGUUGAGAUUGCCAACGGUCAGAAGAAGACCUCAACAAAUGCGGGAUCUGAUAAGGCCAAGGACCCUUCCGCCCAAACUACGGAGACUCCCCAGGCUUCCCGCGAUCGCCCCGAAGGCCGCGGCGAUAGAGGUAGGGGUGGCUACCGCGGACGUGGCCAUCAUGGCCACUCCCAGUCUCAGCAUGCUAUUUCUGGGCCUGGAUAUCAUGGCCAAGGUGCCAAUGCAUCCCGAGCUCAAGGUUACAGCCCCCCUAUGCGACAAGGUGGUCAUGGUGGCGUCUUUACGCCUUCUCAGCGAGGACGUGGCCGCAAUGGCGCCAACAACUUCCAUCGCAUGUCUGCGCCCAACAGUGGCAACCGCAUGCCCGUCGCCCAGCCUCAAUACCCUCCCUACGAUUAUGCUAUGGCGGCACCUAUGGAAGUAACUCCUUAUCCACAACUCAAUUUCGGUCAGCUUCUUAUGCCUGCGCUGAAGUCUCAAGUCGAGUACUACUUCUCUGUCGAGAAUCUUUGCAAAGAUAUGUUCCUCCGAAAGCACAUAGAUUCGCAAGGCUUUGUCAGUCUUCACUUCAUCGCUGCUUUCAAUCGGGUAAGAAGUUUGACCGAAGACAUCAACCUUAUUCGACAUGUUUGCGAGGAAUCAGUUGAACUCGAUUACGGCGUCACAGACGACGGUAUCGAGCUUCUUCGUCGUCGAGAAGGCUGGCAAACAUUUGUCCUGCCAGUCGAAAGUCGAGAGCAAAUGGCUCGCAGGGAACCCGGCAACGUCACUUUCAAGAAUGGAUCCCACGGCUACACCAAUGGCCAACUCAACGGUGUCCCACAAAUGCCAUACGGUACUAUGUAUGCUCAAGACCCCUCUGUCCAGCACUUCGCACCGUAUGGCGUUGAUGGAGUCGCCCCAACUGGCACCGGCCAGCUCUCAGCCACAGUCCCUGACUUCUCCCCUUCUGGAACUGUUCCUCUUGUUGGCCCCAAUGGCGAAACCCAGAUUACCAGUGUUGAAGCUCUCACCAACGGCCAUGCUGAGAAUGCCACGCCACUUACCAACGGUGUGCACGCUGAAUCAUCCGAAAGUGCUGAGUCUUAA